GCGUUGAAGCACUCAUCUCUGCUUCUCUCUCUUUCUCUUCUUCUUCUUCUUCUUCUUCUUCUUCAGAUGAUAACUGGAAGCUCGGGAAUAAGAAAAGAAAUGGAGAAUGAUGAGAGGAAACAUGGUGGAGGGGUGAAACCAUCGAGGUUCAAGCGCGUGUGCGUCUUCUGCGGAAGCAGUCCCGGCAAGAACCCGAGUUACCAGCUCGCUGCUAUUCAGCUCGGCCACCAACUCGUGGAGAGGAGCAUUGACUUGGUUUAUGGCGGAGGGAGCAUUGGCUUGAUGGGUCUGGUUUCUCAGGUCGUCUUCGAUGGUGGUCGCCACGUGUUAGGAGUGAUUCCCAAGACUCUGAUGCCACGGGAGAUAACAGGGGAGUCGAUUGGAGAAGUGAGAGCAGUGUGUGGAAUGCACCAAAGAAAGGCAGAGAUGGCACGCCAAGCCGAUGCAUUCAUUGCCUUGCCAGGUGGAUAUGGCACUUUGGAGGAGCUCUUGGAGGUCAUCACAUGGGCUCAAUUGGGCAUUCAUGAUAAGCCGGUGGGAUUGUUGAAUGUGGAAGGGUAUUACAACUCGCUGCUGUCAUUCAUAGACAAGGCUGUGGAUGAAGGCUUCGUUUCUCCUUCAGCUCGCCACAUUAUAGUCUCUGCCCCGACUCCACAUGAACUCAUGUCCAAGCUGGAAGAGUACGUGCCCGAGCAUACUGAAGUGGCCUCCAAACUUUGUUGGGAGAAGGAGCAACAAGUGGGAUACUAUUGCACCAAGUCUGAUAUUGCUCGUUGACCCAAAUCUAAUAAACUCCAGAAACAUAUAUAUUAGUGGAUAUGAUAGAGAAAGCAUAGAGAUCUUAUUGGUAAAUUUUAUUCCAGUGGUAGAUACAACAGCUAAGCACCUUUGGUUCAAGAAUGGCGAAACCAAUAUAUAAAGCAAGGAUAUGUGAGCUCAAUUGGGAUGUAGUCCCACUCUUCUUUUGUACUUUGUCCAUUCUUAUUUAGUGUUCAUUUGGUGCAUA